GGUUUUGGGGUCUCCGUGAAACUCGGGGAAAGCAGGAAUGUCUUCCAGCAGAAGGAACUGGUCUGAUCUCUCCAGCCUGGCCAGGCAGAGGACCCUUGAGGAUGAAGAGGAGCAGCAACGCGAGCGCCGGAGAAGGCAUCGGAACCUCCUGUCCUCCACAGCAAGGGAUGAGGAACCUCCCAGCCCUGUGAAGGACACAAAUCCAGCUUCCAGCAGACCUCAACCUGUGGUGAAGUCGGGGUUCCCAGAGAACAAGGAAGAACAUAAGGUCUCAGAGGUGCUGAAGACACAAGAAGGGAGAAGGACAAGGUCCCCAAUGUCCAUCUCAGAGAAGCUGAGGCAGAAGGAGCAGCAGGAGCUGGGGGUGGGGAGGAGCCGUGUGCGUGUGGAGCAGGAGAAGAUCCAGGCUGGAGAGAGGGAUCAGGAUGGGACCAAAGGCAGAAGAGACCAACCAGGAGAUCAGAACCCGGUGCAGAAGACAGUGGUGAGGGGAUGGCUCCAGGACAAAGAGGGACAAAGUGUGGGGACACGUCAGAAGGAGCAGCAGAAGGAGGAGGGGGAGCAGCAGCCGAGGGCAUCGCCAGAGCUCGGGGGCUGCCGCAUCCGGGAGGUGAAGAUCUUGACCAGGCAGGGAAGCUGCAGCAUGGAGGAGAAAACAUCCUCAGUGGUGACCCUGGCUUUGGACCCCCAGAAACCAUCCAGGAGUCCCUCCAAGGAGGUAACUCAGCUGUCUCCCACCCCAGAGGAAUCUGCAGAAAAGUCAGAUACUUUCCCAACUCCUGUCACCUACAGCAGCUCCAUCAGACGAACCAGCCCCAGAACUGUCUCCUUCAGGGUGAUCUCAAGAAAACAGAAAGAAGAAAGCCAAAGCCCUCUCACUAGGAGUGUGAGCCUGAGGAUCCCCGGGAGCAGCACAACCAUUGGGGAGAAGCUGGAGAAGUACAACUCAGCUGUGCAGCGCUCAGAGGUGGUGAGAUCCUCCCUGGCUGUUCAGAAGAGCCUCUUGCUCUCCUCCGAGGGGGUGGCCAGCAAGCGCAACUUCUUUGAGACCAGUGCUCCCACUAAGGCUGAACCAGUGGCUGUCAAGAAGGACAACCUGAAGCUCUCGGGCUCCGUGACAUCCCGCAUUAACCUCUGGAUCAGCCGAGGCCAGGAGCCUGCCAAGGAAGAGAAGAGCAAGGACAUCAGGAAGAUAAACAGCCUGCCAAAACGUGAUGUCUGGGUAAAGCAGCCAAGAGACACCCCUGGAGACAAGUUGUAAUAUUAUCAAAUGAACUGGGAAAAAAACGUUUUGCUCUGGAGAUCAAAGCCCAGCCCUACCCAACCAUCCAGCAGCCACCACCAUGAGAGGACCCUGUGCUGUGUGUAGGUUCACCCCAAGGUUGCUGGGGAUCUCUUUGUGAGAUGUGAAGGAAGAAAGCUGGAAGAUUAUCCCUGUCCUGACCACCUCUUGUGCCCUUGAAGCAGUGACCCCCUUCACUUAGUGAUAUGGGAAGGGGGGGUUGGCCACGGCCCUGGUUUUGGGGUGAAAUGAAGCCGAAUGCCCUGUGCUGGGCCCCUUCUGCAAAGCCCAUUUCCUUCUUCCCCUUCCUCUCAAAUCUUUGCCCUUGGCUGUGCAGACCCCUGGUCCCACACCCCUGGGAUGCUGAGCCCAAUCAGCAAGGCCACAGGGUGCUCUGUCCAGGUCAGGGUGCCCUGGGCAGUCCAUAAAACAAUGCUCAAAUCCUGGUGUUGGGGAUGUUCAAUGGGCUUGGGCUGUACCUUGAGCAACCACUGGGGUGUCCAAAUUUGGUGUGGGACUCUACUGC